AUGGAAGUUUCGGAGAAUGAAGCUCCUAGUAUUUAUAAAAUUCUAAAGGGUACAAUACCUGGAGGCAUCUUGAUAAAUUUGAUUUGUACUCCAUCGGAUGUUAUUAAAAAUUACUGGUACUACAACAAGACGUUAUCAAACAAUCGCACUAAGCUAUCAACAAUAGAUGUUAUAAAACAUAUUCAUAGAAAUAAUGGGUCUCUAAGCUUCUGGAUAGGUAUUCUUGACGUUCUGAUAUAA